UCUCCUAGGAAGGAAGCCACCAUCCAUCAGUUCCCAGCUUAUCGUAUUAGCCUGUUCUCUUCCCCUCCUUCCUUCCGCAAAGAUUUGUAUUCGAUUUAUCGCGCUUGAUCAUACCCGAUGGCCGACCUAUCCGAUCCCAAAAUCGACGAAGCUUACCAGGAUGUUCGUUCCGACAAAUCCGAGACUAACUGGCUUUUGCUCGACUACGAGUCUGACCGCUCUGACAAGCUAACAGUCACACAGACGGGAACGGGUGGUCUCGCCGAGUUACGCGAUGCACUUGCCGAUUCCAAAGCGUCUUACGCAUACGUUCGCGUCACCUUCUCCAAUGACAAGGAAUCUCAACGGGAGAAAUUCAUUCUAGUAGUGUGGAUCGGUCCUGGGUGCAAAGUGAUGCGAAAGGCCAAGAUCUCCGUCCAUGCAGCCGAUGUCAAGCAGGUGUUGCGUGUCUACUCUAUUGAGGUUCCCGCUCGGGAAAAGGACGAUUUAAAGGAGGAUCCGAUUGUGGUGAAGCUGCGGAAGGCUGGUGGGGCUAGUUACGACGGGGUGUAGCUUACAUCACACAAAGUCGUGCUCUCAAUUUACUGGCCCUGCACUCGUGCGCCUUGUGUGCCGUCGGAUUAAUAUAUGACUCAUUUACCACUUGUAUUGCGCAUCCAUUGUGCCCGAGGCCCGAUAGUCUUUUGGUGUUCGUGCGUCACAGGGACACCCUGACAUCGCAUUGCGCAACGGUGCCUAUGUCAGUGCUUGACCAGGAUACAGAAGACCCUGUUUCUCAAGUCUUUCGGGCCGUGUGGUCGG